AUGGCUCCUUUGACACCUGCAGACAGCGAGAAACAUCAGCAACUCCUGGACCGUCUCGACAUCGCGCACGUCCAUCGCCCAUUCCGCAACCCGCACUGGAAGCCCUCUCAACGGCGCAACAAGAAUGUCAAACAGCUCAUAUCCGAGAGCUCGAGAAAAGAGGCCUCGGUGAUGGCCACACAGACCAACUCUGGAGCAUCGACGCCGCUCCCUGCCACCACCUCCGCCAGCACCGAAGGAAGCCAGACCCCUGCGGAGGGCGGCUCACGAACCAACAUCGCGCAAGCCGCGCAGAACCUCUCCACGCUGGUCCUCGAAAAGAACGCUCGCGCGGCCUUCUCCGGCCCUACUGUGACCUACACCAACAUCGAGUCCGCUCCGUCCUUGAACCCUUCCCAGCAGACCCGAUACUGCGAUAUCACCGGCCUGCCGGCCCCAUACACGGACCCCAAGACGAGACUGAGAUAUCACGACAAGGAGGUUUUCGGCGUGGUCCGGACGUUGGGACAGGGUGUUCCGGAGAGUUAUCUGGAACUGAGGGCUGCACACGUUAUAAAUAAUGUACGACCAACACAGUCAAGCGAUUCCACCCACCUGCCCCUCUCGAGACAGGUUCAAGGAACUGCUCCGGCUUAUUCGUGAUCUUAACCAGCACUCGACUAGUACCGACGCUCCACCGGAGGGAACGUCAGUUACAGCAUCACUGGGGAUACUGUCGCCGCGGCGUAUGGUUGCGCUCAGCAAUAGGCUGGCACGAAGAUAGGAUACAUGAGGAGAUGGUUAGGAGAGGACCCAGCGAUUGCACGAACGCGUCGUGCCUGCAGUGUCAGUCCAUGUUGUGUUGUUCAACAGUAGCACUAGGAAUUAACCAUUGAAGUGUUGUUUUGGUGUAUUUAUCCAUGAAUCACCUCAGCAUAAGAGGCAUUGAACCGAAUUGCCAACGUAGCCAGCCGAUAGGCAUUGUUGGGGUGUUGAACAUAACACCAUAACAGAUCUCGAAAGGAGAGUCGAU